CAUCCUACGGUCAUACUUCAAGGCUAGUUGUAAAUAGACGCACACGAUUUCAAUUCAUUUUGUAGAAAAUAUGUCUCAAGGAAACAAUACUGCUGACAAGGGGCUGCCCUGUGACCUUUACCUGGACAAAACGCUGCAGGAUGAUGCGAAUAUGCAAGGAAUACUGAAGACCUUCUACGGCAGCAUUGAGGUUCUGGAAGCGGACCUGGAAAAGGCACUGGCGCUCCAAGCAGGACGCACAUUGACCGCAAACGAGCAAAUCAAACUGGAUAGCUACAUGGCCUACCUGAAUAGCACGCUGUUUUGGAUACACCUGAAACUGCAGGGCGUAGAUGUCGCAAAGCACGGUGUAAUGCACGAUUUGGGGCGCGCCAAAGAACUACUUGCCCGCGAUAAGGAAAUAAACGCUUCUCUGGCGGCCCCGAGAUUGGAUUUGCAGGCUGCCAAGCGAUUUAUUGCCGCCGGAACGCACACGCGUUUCGUAGACAUGGACGGAGUUAUGGUCACCGAAAAACAGUAUAAUAAAAGUCUGCAAGCAACUGAGAAAUAAAAAAGAAACCAACA